UUUUACCUCUGUCGCCGAACGAAUGACGGCAACGACGCAGCAACCGCGCCGUUCAGUAGAUUUCGCCGGAGGCAGAAGAAACGGCGCUCCCAUUGUCUUCCUUCUCGUGCUAUUGCUUCGUCUCGUUCCACUAUGCACCGCCCUCAGCGCCCUGCCGCCGCUUUCCCCGGCGGGCCAAGCCGUACCACACGUAUCCUUCACGUACACUGUGGUCAUGAUCGCCGUCUCCGCCCUGUUACUCCUAUGCAUGCUUACCUUCUCCUUCCGUUCGUGCAUCGACGAGGCGGAGCGCCUCGCCGACGAUUUGGACGUGAACUCCCUGCCGAGUUGGAGGCCGGCUGGGCUGAGCCCCGAGGUUCUCGCGGCGUUCCCCACGAUGACGUACUCGGAGGCGAAAACGUUCGGGACAGGAGCCGGAGCGCUCGAGUGCGCCGUGUGUCUCAGCGAGUUCCAAGAGGAGGAGAUGCUCCGCCUCCUCCCAGGAUGCUGCCACGUGUUCCACCCAGACUGCAUCGACCCCUGGCUUGUGGACCACGUCACCUGUCCCAUCUGCCGCACUAACGUCGCCGCUGCAGCAGCGGAGGAAGGCCUAAUCGCAGAACAUCCCGAUCCGCCUUUCUCCUCCGCCACCUCGUCCGCAGUAUCGGCGUUGGAGGAUCAUGAGAUUUUCGUAGAUUCUGACCCGACGCUGGAGGAUUCGCCGCCUGAAUUGCCCGAUUUGGUUCGGAACAGGUCGGAGAGAACGGAGGCGCGCAACGAAUCGAUGUCAUUGACGACCCCGUUCUACUCGCUCUCUUCGGAAAACUUAUCGGCGCAGUCCGACGCGUUGGAGAGCAUCGAUCGCUACACGCUGAGGUUGCCGGAGCACGUACGUCGCCAGAUCUUCGCCGCUCGGUCUUUCGGCCGAUCCGUCAGUUGCGCCGUCUUUCAGACCACCGGAGGAUCGUCCAUGGACGGUAGCUCUCGGCAGGGAGGUAUCCGCCGGUGGGUGUGGAGCAUGAGGCAAGGUUUGUCGGAGCAGUGGUCACCUUCCUUCCUGCUGCGCCUGUCGAUGGCGUUCUCACCAUGGAAGGCGCGUGACGGCGCAGAAUCAUCGGGGACGAGAGGUAGGCGUGGGGAGCGGAGACGUGCAGGUUCGCGGUCGUGAGGAGCUCCAUCAAAUGGGUCGUCGGCGGCUCCGGUAGAGGGUGGAGGCAUCGCCGCCGCGACGACCACCAGCUUCGGGAUUUCUCUGGUAUCACUCCAGCCCUUCCAUCAGUUAUAUCAUGACCUGGCAAACGCAGAACCGUGGAUGAUGGCAAAUCCACGGCCCAGAUCAACUAUAUUUUAGGCUGAUAUUUAUACCCAAAU